UGAUUUCGCCUACUCCUCAGUCGUGGUCACUCUACAGUUAAGUGUCCUUUCGUUUAUCGUCGGCCGAUCUGUGGUUGCAAAAAAAAUCUCAAAGAUAAGUAAGUAAUUAUGGCUACGCAAGGUCAAGUGAUUACUUGCAAAGCGGCGGUGGCCUGGGAACCCAAUAAACCUUUGGUAAUCGAGGACGUGCAGGUGGCUCCGCCUCAAGCCGGCGAAGUUCGAGUCAAGAUCCUCUACACUGCCCUCUGCCAUACAGAUGCAUACACCUGGAGUGGCAAGGAUCCUGAGGGUCUCUUCCCAUGUAUUCUUGGUCAUGAGGCUGCAGGAAUAGUUGAAAGUGUUGGCGAAGGUGUGACUGAAGUCAAGCCCGGGGACCAUGUAAUACCUUGUUACCAGGCAGAAUGCAGGGAAUGCAAGUUCUGCAAGUCGGGAAAGACCAACCUCUGUGGCAAAGUAAGGGCUGCCACAGGAGUUGGAGUUAUGAUGAAUGAUCGCAAGAGUCGUUUUUCUAUCAAUGGGAAACCCAUCUAUCAUUUCAUGGGAACUUCAACAUUUAGUCAGUACACUGUUGUCCAUGAUGUUAGUGUUGCAAAGAUUGAUCCAAAUGCUCCUUUGGAGAAAGUAUGUCUUCUCGGUUGUGGGGUUCCAACUGGUCUUGGAGCUGUUUGGAACACUGCAAAGGUAGAACCAGGUUCCACUGUUGCUAUUUUUGGCCUUGGCACUGUAGGGCUUGCUGUUGCAGAGGGUGCAAAGGCAGCGGGUGCUUCCCGAAUCAUUGGCUUGGAUAUAGAUAGCACGAAGUUUGAUAGAGCGAAGAACUUUGGAGUGACAGAAUUUAUUAAUCCAAAAGACCAUGAGAAACCCAUACAGCAGGUCAUUGUGGAUGUUACAGAUGGGGGCGUUGAUUAUAGUUUUGAAUGCAUUGGAAAUGUUUCUGUCAUGAGAGCUGCCUUGGAAUGCUGUCACAAGGGCUGGGGUACAUCAGUUAUUGUCGGAGUUGCAGCAUCUGGUCAAGAGAUAUCCACUCGUCCGUUUCAGCUUGUGACUGGUCGUGUAUGGAAGGGAACAGCAUUUGGUGGGUUCAAAAGUCGUUCCCAAGUACCUUGGCUUGUAGACAAGUAUAUGAAGAAGGAAAUCAAAGUAGACGAGUACAUCACCCACAAUUUGACGCUUGAGGAGAUAAACAAAGCUUUUGAUCUGAUGCAUGACGGUGGUUGCUUGCGCGUUGUGCUUAGUGUGUUCGAGUGAAUGAAACAACUUUGGUUGUUUUGGGUUGUCAGUUUAAUAACAUUUGAAGCUCUGAACUUUGCUACCCUUUGUCACCUCCACUCUCUUUGAGAAGUUCCAAAAGGGGAGGGGGUGGAACUCUUCUGAUGAUCUUAUCCUCUAAAUUUGUUUUGUUAGCAAAGGCCCCUUUUUGUCACUGUUAAGACAUUUGGGCUUUUUGGUUUUGGCGGCAGGUAUCUUGAUGAAUGUUAAUGAUCAGGCGAAAUAUGCCCGUGGUUUUAUUCGAUGGGGAGUAAACCAAAAGAAGCGUCAUCAUCUGGUUGAACCCACCCGCAAGAACUUUGGGUGAGUUCAUAGUUGACAUGAGUUAAUUGUCGGUCA